AUGUCAGACAGACGCGAAGACGAACCGGCGGCGAAGCGGACACGCCGCGAGGUCGACCCGGCCAUCACUUUCCCCUAUGAGCUCGACACGUUCCAGAAGACGAGUAUCGACGCUCUCGAGGAAGGCGACAGCGUUCUAGUGUCGGCGCACACGUCGGCAGGUAAGACUACCGUGGCGCUCUACGCCAUCGCCAAGGCGCUGCGAGAGAAGAAGCGCGUCAUCUACACCUCUCCCAUCAAGGCCCUUAGCAACCAAAAGUUCCGCGAGUUCUCCGACAAGUUCGACUCCGUCGGUCUCAUGACCGGUGACACAACCAUCAAGGCGGACGCGGACUGUCUUGUCAUGACGACAGAGAUUCUACGCAGCAUGCUGUACCGCGGCACCGAAAUGCUGCGGGAGGUGGGCUGCGUCGUCUUCGAUGAGGUGCACUACAUGCGCGACAAGUCGCGUGGCGUGGUGUGGGAAGAAACAAUCAGCUUACUGCCUGAGGGAUGCCAGUACGUUUUCCUCUCCGCCACCAUCCCGAACGCGCGCGAGUUUGCGGACUGGGUGGAGAGCAUCCAUCCCACCACAAAGGUACACGUCAUUCACACAGACUACCGGCCAGUGCCGCUACAGCACUACCUGUAUCCGGCCGGAGCCGACGGCAUCUUCCUCAUCGUGGAUGAAAAAGGCAAAUUCCGCGAUGACAACUUCGGCAAGGCUAUCGCGUCGAUGGGGACGGAGGGCGUCGCAAACGGUGUGGGUGCGGCAGGCCCAGCCAACGGCUCCUCCAAAGACCCGCGCGGGAACCACAAGGGCGGCGGUGGCCGCAGUCACGGUGGGUCGUCGCAGUCCAUGAUGGAGAUCGUCAAACUCGUGAUGGACCGCAACAUGUACCCUGUGAUCGUCUUCUCCUUCGCCAAGGCGGAGUGCGAGCGCAACGCCCUCGCGCUCUCGCGGCUAAACUUCAAUAACACCGAAGAGGAUGCUCUCGUGAUGGAGGUGUUCAACAAUGCUAUGGAGUCGCUGGCGGAGGAGGACCGGAAGCUGCCCGCUAUUGAGCAUCUUCACCCGCUCCUGAAGCGCGGUGUCGGUAUCCACCACUCCGGUCUCCUUCCGAUUCUGAAGGAGGUUGUCGAGAUUCUUUUCCAGGCGGGUUUGGUCAAGGUUCUCUUCUCCACCGAGACUUUCUCCAUGGGGCUUAACAUGCCGGCCCGUACCGUCGUCUUCACCUCUGUCAAGAAGUUCGACGGCGAGAAGAACCGCUACCUCACCGGCGGCGAGUACAUUCAAAUGUCGGGGCGCGCCGGCCGUCGUGGCCUCGACCGCGUUGGCGUUGUCAUUGCCAUGGUGGACGAGGCAGUGGAGCCCGACACGCUGAAGCAGCUGACCGGCGGUGGCGCCGACGUCCUGCUCAGCAGUUUCCACCUGACGUACAAUAUGGUGCUGAACCUGCUGCGCGUCGAGGACGUCGAUCCUGAAUUUAUGAUGAAGCGCAGCUUCUCGCAAUUCCAGCGCCUGCGUGACAAGCCAGCGUUAGAGGAGAAGGGUGCUGCUCUGCGCAGGUCCAUCGAGGAGAUCAACCUCACCCACGAGAGCGCCUUUCGGCAGUACACGAUUUGCGAGGACAUGAUCGCGAAGAAGAGGAACGAGGUGGACCACAUUCUGCGCCAGCCCAAGUUCCUCAAGAACUGGGUGCAGACGGGCCGUUUUGUGCAUAUCGUUCGCGCCUCCGAUCAGCUCGACUUUGGCUGGGGCGUUUGCCGCUCGUUUGCCGCAAAGAGCACCAACCCAAACUUCAGCGACCCCAGCACCUUCUCCAUCCAAGCUGCUGUGAUCUGCAUGAAGGCGGACGCGUCGAAUCCGAGCGCUUUGACGCCGUGCCCGGUCAGCGAGUACACCUCGGAGAAGGCGGACCUAUACACGGUGACGUUCGACUUCUCAGACGUCCAGUCCCUUUCGACGCUGAAGACAAACCUUCCCGAAAACCCGGACUCCGAGCGGGGGCGUGCUGAGGUGGUGCAAAUUCUGUCGAAGCUGCAGCGCCAGUUUGGUAACAGCAUUCCCGUGCUCACCUCUGCGCAGAUGGGUGCCGAGGACGCGCAGCUGAGUAAGCUGCAGACGCAGGUGUCGAAGCUGCAAAAGCAGCUAGAGGACAACAUUCUUGCCACAUCCCCCACACCAGAGCUGCAGGAGGAGUUUGAGCAGUACAAGCGAAAGGCAGACCUCGAGGCUCAGUUGGAGCAGGUGAAGGGUGAAUUAGCCGGCAUGAGCAAGGCGGUCUUCUCCGAAGAGCUGAAGCAGAUGAUGCGUGUGCUGCGUCGCCUGGACUACAUCGAUAAGGACAACAUCAUUCUCCGCAAGGCCCGCGUAGCGUGCGAGAUAACGACGACAGACGAAAAUGAAAUUCUGCUGACGGAGCUGCUCUUCAAAGGCGUGCUGAACUCGAUGGAGACGGAGAUGAUUGUGGCUCUCUUAUCAUGUCUCGUCAACGUGCACCGCACCCCAGAUGGCUUCUCGUUGCCGCAGGAGUUCGAGCAGCCGCUGAAGGACCUCAACGAGAUCGUUACUCGCAUCGCCACUGUUAGCGCCGAAAGCGGCCUGAUGCAAGAAAACAGUUCGGUGGAGAAGGUCAUGCCGUCACUCAUGGAGGUAACCUACCUGUGGGCAAAAGGGGCGAAGUUCGUCGAUCUCGUGAGCAAGACCACGGCGUACGAGGGUGAUAUUGUGCGCAUGAUGCGUCGUCUGGAGGAGAUGCUGCGCCAGCUGGCCUCCGCGGCGCGGUCGCCGGCUAUCGGCAGCAUCGAAUUGCACGAAAAGUUCCUCAAGGGCAUCCAGCUCAUCAAGCGUGAUAUCGUUUUCGCGUCAUCGCUGUACUUGUAG